UGCCCAGAUGGGACGGCAAAAUUUCCUAUCAACCUGAAAGAACCCCGAAAAAAAAGAAACAAAAGAAAAACUCAACUUGCCCAACAACGAGCGGACACAUGGAAAUACAGGCCGGCUGUCCAUCACUCAGGCCGUGAAAAGAAACGCAAGAAACGCAAUUCUCCAAUUACAAAUGGAAGCUCGCACCUGCCGGCUCCAAUGUUGGUCCAUCAGGCCUUAGAGCCCACCUCAGUUCUUGCAAACUCACUCGCUCCACCUCGAUGCCGGUCGUGCGUCCCAGACCAAAAAACGGCGGGCCCGAUAGGCGCUACCGAGCCCAAGCGCCGCAGCCCGCCUUUCUCUCCGUGGAGCCAGGCCAAUGCAGCAGCAACCCCGACGGCAGCAUCAGUGGCUUUGAUGUUCCCGCUCACGCCCUGCGAUCCCUCCACGGCCCUCCCCCGAGGGUGCCCGCCCCCAUAUUAUUGAUUGCCCCCACACCCGCUCCUUAAAUGGGAGCUCCCCUUGCUGCCCGCAAUGUUGAAUCCCAGAUUCCCAACAUUUUUUCUCUCCCGGGUAUCUCUCAGACCCCUUCACAGACCCCUCGCCGGCUGCUCCUUCAGGAUGGCGUCCACGCUGCCCAAGCUGCCCAUAUUUGAAGCCAUCAGCAAGUAUGACAAGGAUUCCACUGCUGUCGUCCACUCCCUGUCCGGCCGGAGGUUCAGGUACGGCGGGCUCUUGGCCGACGUCUGCAAGGUCCGCAACCGGCUCUAUGACGCCUCCGGGAAGGAUAACCUGGACAGCGAGCGCAUUGCUUUCCUUGUAGAGAACAGUUACGACUAUAUAGUGACCCUCCUUGCCAUUCUUGCGGCGAGGUCUAUCGCUGUGCCCCUGGCACCGGCCUUCCCGCCUCCAGAGCUCCAGUACAUCCUGGACCAUAGCGAGGCCACACUUCUCCUUUCAUCGGCCAAGUUUGCCCAAAAGGCGCAGGAUGUUCUCGCCACCGGGCUUGCUUCCAAGCCAGCCCUUCUUGAACUUGCCAAGUUCGAGACGGAGUCGGCCCAUGAAGAGGUCUCCCUGGAUGACACCAACCCUGGCGGCGCCGGUAUGAUGCUGUACACAUCUGGCACUACAAACAGGCCCAAAGGUGUACUUUUGCCACAGGCCGUCAUGACGGCGCAGGCAAGGUCGCUUCUCCAGGCUUGGGAGUAUUCGUCCACCGACCGCCUUCUGCACGCGCUACCACUACACCAUAUCCAUGGUACUAUUAAUGCUGUGUUUGCGCCCCUUAUGGCCGGAAGCUCGGUCGAGUUUCUCUUCCCCUUCAAUGCCGACUUUGUGUGGCGUCGGCUGGCGGCACCGUUUCUUCCCCAGGCAGCGCAGUCCAAUGGCACAAACGGCACCGCCGAUGCUCAGCCGAGCCCGGAGAAGGUCACGUUCUUCACGGUCGUGCCCACUGUGUACUCGCGCCUCCUGGCGACACAUAAGGCCCUGACGCCGGAGCUUCAGGAGGCCGGCCGCGCCGCUGUGUCACCAGCCAAUAUGCGCCUCAGCAUCUCAGGGUCGGCCGCGCUGCCGACGCCCAUCAAGAAAGCCUGGGCCGCCCUCUCGGGCGGCACCGUCCUGCUGGAGCGCUACGGCAUGACCGAGGUUGGUAUGGCGCUCUCGUGCGGCCUUGCCAACGCCGACCGUGUCGACGGCAGCGUAGGUUGGCCAUUGCCAUCGGUGGAGGCCCGUCUCGUUGAUGUCGACACGGGGGUCGUCAUCCAGCCCGGCGAGGAGCUGGACCAGGACGGCCGCGAGCGCGCCGGCGAGAUCCAACUCCGCGGGCCCACCGUCUUUGCCGAGUACUGGCGGAACCCCGAGGCGACGGCCAAGGAGUUUGUCUAUGACGGCAGCAAGUCGGAGGAAUCCGCCAAUGGCGACACGCACACGAACGGGCAUGCCAACGGCCACGUAAACGGACAUACCAACGGUUCCGGCAGCAAGUGGUUCAAGACGGGCGAUGUGGCGGUCCGCAGACCCGUGCCCGGGGCCGGCGAAAACGACUCGCCCGGCCAGGAGUGGACGAGGAAAGGCCCCAUGUACUUCAUCCUGGGCCGCAAGAGCGCCGACAUCAUCAAGUCGGGCGGCGAAAAGGUCUCGGCGCUCGAGGUGGAGCGCGAGCUGCUGUCGCUCCCCCAGGUGGCCGAGGCGGCCGUCUGCGCCGUGCCGUCGGGCAAGUGGGGGCAAAAGGUCGGAUGCGUCAUCGUGCUGGACAGGGACACCGUGCCCGAGGGCGCCAAGUGGACGCCCAUGGACAUGCGCCGCGCCCUCAAGACGCGCCUAGUCAGCUACAAGAUCCCCCAGGUCAUGCGGGUCGUCGAGUACAUACCGCGCAACGCCAUGGGCAAGAUCAACAAGAAGCAGCUCGUCCAGGCCGUCUUCCAGGACGAUUUUAGCGGCGACGAGAUGUAGUAGAGACGCGCUUCGUUGUGACAGACAAGUCGGGUGUUGCUUGUACAAUAUCGAGGGUUAGAUGAAAAUACUUGGAUAGAACUAGGUAAGCUAGAAUGUUCAACCGAUUUGUUUUGUGUCUAAAGGUAGGCAGUUACCUACUCCAGAAGAUCUCAACACGGGCAGAUAGCUACCUGUCCAGUCUCC